AUGAAUUCUACCAACAAGGCUGAAGCCGUGGCCAUUCUCGGUGCUGGGGCCUGGGGCUUGUCGACCGCUGUUCAUCUCCUCGAAUCAGGAUACACAGACAUUUCGGUCUUCGACCAGGCAUCCGAGAUUCCCUCUCCCUACUCGGGAGCGUACGACCUCAACAAGAUCGUCCGAGCAGAGUACGAAGAUGAGUUUUAUACGGAGCUGGCUCUUAGAGCCAUCAACAAGUGGAAGACACCCUUUUGGGGAGCUAAUUUUCAUCAGCUCGGUUACGUGCUUGCAACAUCAGGUGCAGCCCCUGAGAAGGCCGUCAAACACUUACAGACGGCACUCUUGUCCGUGAAGGACCAUCCAGCGUUUGCACCAAAGAUCACAGAGUUGAACACACCUGGCGAGUUCAAGAGCAUCUACUGGCAAUUCACCGGUCCGAUGGCCGGGUUUCAAGGUUAUCACAAUCGACUUGCAGGCUACGCGCAUUCUGCAAAUGCCAUGCUGGAUACCUACCGUUACUUGAGUGGCAGGGGCGUCAAGUUUGUGCUCGGGCCGCACGAUGGCAAAGUGGUAAAGCUGGUUUACAAUGGUGGUCCCGGAGACGUUUCUUCAGAGCGACGCUGCACUGGCUUCCGAGUAGAGAGUGGGAAAACGUACGAAGCACGACGAACCAUCCUAUGCCUGGGAUCUUGGGCCGCGACGCUCAUCCCCGAAAUUGCCUCGUACGUCGUGGCAAAGUCCUGGUCGGUGGCUCACAUCCAACUCACCGAGCGCGAGUGUGACUAUCUACGCGGCAUCCCGGUCCUGAACGUCCGAGACCUGGGCUUUUUCUUCGAACCUGACCCAGUCACGAAGCUUUUCAAGCUAUGCCCGCUGGGCGCUGGCUACGUCAACUCUGACAAAACGACAGGAAUUUCUCUGCCUCCAGGAGAGGCGCUUUCAACCCCACGAGACUAUAUUCCGGCAAUCGACGAGGCGAAAUUGCGUCGACUGUUGCAGCAGACGCUGCCGUGGCUGGCAGACCGCCCCUUUGUAGAGAAGAAGAUGUGUUGGUUUGCCGACACCGCCGACUCGGAAUACACGGUCGACUUUGUCCCCAACACGGGAGAUUCACUGAUCGUCUUGUCUGGGGACUCUGGACAUGGGUUCAAGAUGAUGCCAAUUGUCGGCGAAUGGGUCGUCAAACUGUUGGAAGACGGGAAACAGACCCUGAAGCGAUGGCGAUGGCGGCACAGCCAAGGCAGCAAAGGAGGUGAUGAGUGGGGAGACGAUGUGAGCUGGAGAGUUGGCACGACUAGAGAGCUCAAGGAAGUCAUUGAGGAGCAGCGGAGGGCUGAAAAGUCACGUUUGUAG